UCAAUAACCAAGAACCCGCUCUGUUCCUGCUCUCUGUCCUUCACUUGUACAUUCUUUUACAGACCGACAUCAUGGGAACCGUAUCCGAAGAGCUCAUGGCUCGGCAUCCUUUACAGCGACUUUCCUCACCGUCGCGAGGCGUAUCAGCAUUUGUGCACACGAUAGGAAUCAUUUCCUUCACGCUCUCCUACAAAUACCUGAUCGACUUCCCUACUAUGAUCAACGAGUCCUACGGGUGGCACUGGCAAUACUUGACGAUUUUGGGCCUCACGGUGGCAUAUGCGACGUUUGUUUUUGGACUUUUGGCAGACAUCACUCUAUCACCAAAGCUCUUCUUGAUUAAGAACACUCUCUCGUUAUGCAGUGCACCUCUGGAGGUCCUCAUAAGCAUACUCUACUGGGGAAUUAGUGCGAUAGACAAGACUCUGGUUGUUCCGCCAGAGAUACAUAUUGCGCCUUUGGCAGAUAUUGGAUUUCAUGCCAUGCCAUCGAUUCUUCUUGUUAUCGACCUGCUGUUCCUUUCCCCACCUUGGACCAUACACGCCAUACCAGCUAUGGGAUUAAGCUCAACUAUCGCGGUGGGGUAUUGGGCUUGGGUAGAACAAUGUUAUAGGCACAACGGAUUUUACCCAUAUCCUCUAUUUGCAGCGCUAGACACGACUCAGAGGAUAUUCCUGUUCACAUCGGCAGCGAUGACCAUGACUGGAAGUACAAUUAUGCUGCAGUGGUUGUAUGGUAGAGUGAAUGGGCUACGAGGGGCAGAGAAACGUUCAACACCAAACAACAUUAAAGGAGCAUAAUUUGGACGUAUACAAGACAAUAUAGAGAUUCAAUAUCACUGUAGAUGUUGUACGGUACUAUUCACUCUACUCGCCCCAGAACAAGUUACAGCAAGAACUUCAAUCCGUGAC